UCGCACUCAAACUGCUGCCCGGUUCAUCCGCUAACGCGCAUCUGUCAGCGCAGUCACUGCUCGCUUUUAAGACCAACACAUGAGACGAGUCUAUUACCGACAGAAUGUGGCGGGAUGUCAAGUUUUUCCGAUAGUUUACAAACUCAUGUUUUCUGCAUUGUUUCACCCGUGGUCUAAGACUGGCAUCAAGUUCAGGGUUGGUAAUAGGUGUCUGGAGAGGAGCCUGGCUGUCUGGACAACAUGGAGCUGCUGCAGCAGGGGAGGACAGGAGAGACAGUCAUCAGUCAGGACAGGGUCAAGGGACAGGAGGUGGCCAAGUGUCCCCUGGACCUGCCAGAGUACCAGACCACACAGCCACAACCACAGCCACUACCCAAUGUUUUUACCCAACAGCCACUGUCUAAUGGGACAGCCGGGGAACACAAAGCAGAGCUCCCAGGGCCCCCUGUAAGGUCUGCCAGAGCUGAUGGUGAAGAUAGUGAUGAUUCUAUGACAGAUCUCAACACAACUGACGACGCGUCACAUCUCCUACCAAACAGUAUACCAUCAAACCCCUACCAUCUACCGAGAGUAGAGCUUCCCAGCGGGGUCCCUGUGUCGUCCAGUCCGAAAACUUCCCCCAAGACCCUGAUCAACGGAGCCUCCCCCUCCCCCGUCUGUACCCCUCCAUCUGCCUCUCUUGACCAGAGAGGAUGGAGCCCACCUCAGUCCCCUCAGUCCCCAGCCUGUGACAGACACCAUGGGUACCCUAUUAAAAAACAACACCUGCCGUCCACCACAAGGAGCCAGAACUCAUUGAAAGCUGACGCCACUCAGAUAAAGGAAAUAGCUGGAGAUGACUGCUGUGUACACUGUGUCCUGGCCUGUCUGUUCUGUGAGGUGCUGUCCCUGUGCUCAGUGCUGGCCCAGUGUCUGGCGUGCGGAGAGGGCUGUGAGGUGCUGUGUUGCUGUGGGGAGGGGGCUGCCGGCGGGUUGGCCUGUGGGGAGGACGCCUGCUCUGCCCUGUUGGAUUGUGGGAUACUAGAGGACUGCUGCGAGUCUUCCGACUGUCUGGAGAUCUGUCUGGAGUGUUGUUCUAUCUGCUUCCCUGUGUAGCAGAAGAAGAAGAAGAAGAAGAAGAAGAGGAAGAGGAACAUUGAAACAUUUGACAGAAAGACAGGUGGAGUGUUGUUCUAUCUGCUUCCCUGUGUAGAAGAAGAAGAAGAAGAGGAAGAGGAAUGGAGGAA